AUGCCUCGCGCAGCCGCUACUACUCGUCGCGCCAAGAAGCGCGCCUCCACGCCCCGCAACGACAGCCCGACGAGCGGCGUGUCGACGGCCCACUCGAUCAGCCCCGGCAAGCCAGCCGCUCGUGGCCGCAAGCCCGGCAAGCGCGCUGCCGCCAAGCCGAAGCGCUCAUUGUCGUAUUCCCGGAAGGCCACCACUGCUCGCAGCACCACGCCCAGCCGCCGCCGCUCCAACUCGCGCUCCCGUUCCCGCUCUCGCUCCCGCAGCGUCUCCGCGCCCAAGAAAGCCCCUGCUCGCCGUGGGCGCGGCGCGAAGAAGACGCAAAGCCCCUGCUCGCCGUCGUGCCGCCACGAAGAAGGGACCGGCGGCCAGGUCGCGCUCGCGCUCAACGCGCCGCUCCUCCUCGCGCUCGUCUCGUUCGUCCCGCGCCGUCAAGAAGACUGUGGCGAAGCGCGGCCGCCCCGCCAAGAAGUGUUAAUCGAGCCGACAGCGCAGCCCGAGACGAACCAACAAAAAAGCCAACAUGAAGACGAAUUAAUUUUUCUG